GCCUCCGGAAAGUCCCUGUGCGCCGGGCAGGCAGGCAGGCAGGCAGAAUCCCUUUCGUUUUCGGCGCUCGAAGGAAGGAGAAUGGCGGGGUGGCUGCUGCCCGUCUUGCUGCCCUUGCUCCUGGCAGGGCCGCCAGCUCUAGGGAACGAAGGAGGAGCUGCUGGGGCCUGUGGCUCCUGCAAGACAAGCUCCGAAAAGCCUGGGAAAUUAAGGAAAUACGCUCAGCGGAUGAGCUACUGGGAGCCCUGCCUGCGUUUUGUCAAGUUCACGUUCCCCCAAGGAGACGUUUACUGCGGCUUAAAGAGCAGCCCCUGGGUCGAGGCGCUGAUGAAAGAAUACCCUGAAAAAGAAAAGGGUGCUGUGAUGCCGAGUCCUAGCCAUGUGCCUCCCAAGCCGGCCCUCACCUCUGCACCCAGGCCACCCACCUCCACCUCCCCAGCCUCGCUCUCAGCUCAGCCCCCCACGGUCUCGCUGAGGGUGGUCCUUGAUGAGUCCCCUGCCAUGCAUCCAGCUCCAGAGGUCCCCAAGGACGCGACACAGCCCCCCGCAUCAACCAGAAGCCCUGCGCCACCCAGCCACGAUCCCCUGGCAGCCGGGCCCGCUAGCCAGGCCCCCCAGACGGCAGAAAGGGGGGUCUCACGCACAGUCGUGCUUUCUCUGCUGGCUGUCACUCUGGUUGCCGUGGCCAUCGCCACCAUCACGGUGUGCCAGAGGAGACACCGGCGGCGGGUGACCCUCGUUCUUCACCGAGACCCAGAGGAGCAAAUCCACUUGCCGCAUCGUGAGGAGACCUGAAGCCAGUCUGGCAGCCGCUGGAAUGAGCGGGGGGGGGGCAGAUUUUGCCAGAGUUUCCAGCAAGUCUGCUGCGCCACUUUGUUCCAAGGGUUGUGGGGGGCAUGAGCCGGGGGGGGGCAGCGAGUGGGAAAUGCAAAUACAGUUGUGUGCAAAAGGUGUCCCUUGAAAAUCUCCCUCCUGUUCUUCAAAGGCUUUUGGGGGGGUGUCUGGCAGCCAAACCCCCAAAGCUCCCCCCCUUGUUUGCACUUUACCCCAUGUGUCUUUCCCUCUGCCCCCUUAUUUUUGUACAGAAGCAUAGAAUCAUAGAACUGUAGAAUUGGGAGGUACCCUGGGGGUCAUCUAGUCCUGCCCCCUGCAAUACAGGAAACUCAGCUAAGGCAUCCCUGACAGAUGCCCCCCCCCCAACCUCUGGCUAAAAACUUCCAAGGAGGGAGAGUCCACCGCCUCCUGAGGGAGACUGUCCCUCUGUCGAACAGCUCUUACGGUCAGAAAGUUCUCUAUAUUGACUUCCAGUUUAGAGGAGAUGUAAAUGAUUGUUCAAUUAAUGAUUGUUUUUUUUUGUCCUGUAUUUUGUGUUUUUCUUUUAUAUUUUUUUCUGUAAAUGAUUUCUGUGUAUGUAGAAUGUUCGCAUCUGUAAAUGUAUUGUGUGCUAACGUUUUUAAGAAAGAAACUAAUAAAAAUAUAUUUUA